GAAUAAAAAUAAAUAAAUUUUAAAAAUGGAAAGAUGACUGUGUAUGAGUAAAGUAGCUUGAGUUUCUGUUUUGACUUCUCUAAAUGAUAGACUGUGACAUGGACGUUUAAGCCAAAAAACAUUUCUUCUCAAGUUGUUUUUGGUCAGAGUAUUUCACUAAUAACAGAGAAACACCUAGAGUAACAAGAUCUGGUUACCAGAUGUCUUACAUGCUCUUCUAUCUUUUCCUCCUAGCUGUGAAGCUGAAGGCAAAUACGCCUUAGGACUUUGUUUUUUUGGCACAGAGUCAGAACUUCCACUUAAGAGUAGGAGACUAUAGGACAGAUUGAGACUAUGGGUUGGGUACCAGAAAGAAGCCUGAUAUGGCACAAGGGCCCUGUUUCUUAUCCCACAUUUCUUUUAAAUAGUCUAUUUUUGUAGUUCAGCGUGGCCUGGGACUAUGUAGUUUAGUCUGGCCUCAAACUUGGUAAUUUUCCUGUCUCAGCUGUCUAAGUGUAUAGAUUACAGGUGUGUGUCAUCACACCCAGCUAGGGUUCUUUUCUUUUUUUCUUUUUUUCUUUUUUCUUUUUUUCGGAGCUGGGGACCGAUCCCAGGGCCUUGCGCUUGCUAGGCAAGCGCUCUACCACUGAGCUAAAUCCCCAACCCCUCUUUUCUUUUUUUUUUUUAUCAACUAUUAUGCAUUGAGGGGCACAACUUGGGAGUGGUAAUGGCUAGAAUAAAAGGGAAGAAUUUGCUCCCAGGCAGUGCUUAUCUUUCUCCAAGCACAAGCAUGUUUCAAGACAUUGUUCACACAAAGAUCUUUUGGCUACUUCCUAGGCUUACUUAGCUAGAAAUGAAGUUGGCAAAAUCCCUUCAGUUUUGGGUUGAUGCUUCUUCCAAGUCAUUCUCAGUUUUCUGCAGGUUCAGCAAGGCAAAUUCACUGAAGUCAUGUGAAUCUCAAAGCCUAACAGAGGAUGGGAGAAGUAUGAUCUGCCAAUGGGGACUAGGUGGAGUGAGGUAGUAAGGUAGAGUACUGCCAAAAGAAAAAAAAAGGAAAAAGAAAGAAAGAAGAGAAAGGAAGGAAGGAAGAAAGGAAGGAAGGGAGGAAAGAGAAGACGGCUAUAUGCCAUCUUUUUUGGCACACAUGUCCAAGUGGGCCUCACUAGAACAAUUUUUUACUGUAAAUAAAAAUAAGGAGCAAAUGGCCCAUUUCAAGCCUAUUAAUACAUGGUUCCUUUAAAGAGUAUGUUAAGAAGCAAGCUUCAAGCCAAUUACACACCAUAAUUCCAGAACUCAGGAGUUGAAGGUAGUUCAUGUGUUACAUGGUGAGCUGAAGGCUAGCUUAGGCUAUACAAGACCUUGUCCUGUUCUGAAAAACGGGAAAAAAAUCCAAACAAGACCAACAAAGCCCCACUGCCAAAAUAAACAAAUAAACAAAAAAACCCCCAAAACUCCAAGCAAACAAAAACAACAAGCAGCAGUAUUCCCAUCACCAUACCUUUGAAAGGAUGCAUCGGUCAUUGUCUGGGUUUUCAGGGUCUUCCUGUUUAUAUCUCAUUGUAUAGAAAAAUAGCACAGACAUGAUCUCAGCAGCACUGCUGCAUGGUGUGAGAUAGCUGAAACGCAGAUAUGAUUCAAGUCAUUUCUCAGAGGCAAAUGGUUCCCAAUGGGCAUCAUGUACUUUUAUGUAGCAGCAGUACACUGUGUCUUUCAACUAGAAGCAACAGUCAUUUUCCCUAGCCUGACUGAAUUCAGUCAAAAAUCAGGAAUGCUGGGUCAUGAUCCCCCAUGCUUGAGUCACUAAGGGUCAUCUUUGAGAGGUCAACAAUCUCUCAAUCCCUCUUUCUCUCUGCACACAGUGACACAGUCUGAACCUAGCACUCUUCUAUCAGAGGAGCACCAUGCACUGGGGCUUAUGUUCAAGUGACUGACUUGAGCAAUCUUUCACUCAUAUGCUAUUAUUUGUAGAACUUUCACAAGCUUCAUUCUAUUAGAACCACCACAUAGAUUGCAUUCUACUACUUCAAAUAAAUUUCUUUUUUAAAAGAUUCUUGGUUGGGGAUUUAGCUCAGUGGUAGAGCGCUUGCCUAGCAAGCGCAAGGCCCUGGGUUCGGUCCCCAGCUCCGGAAAAAAAAAAAAAGGAAAAAGAAAAAAAAAGAUUCUUGUAAUUUAUGUAUAUGAGUGUUUUGUCUAAAAAUACAUUUGUACACCAGAAGAGGGCACUGGAUCCCAUGGGAGUACAGUUAUAGAUGGCUGUGAGCCACCAUCUGCGUGCUGGGAAUUGAAUUCAGGACCUCUGGAAGAAUAGCCACUGCUUUUAACUGCUAAGCCAUUCCCCCCCCCCAACCCCUAAAAUGAAUCUCUUAUAGGGGAGAGAGAACAGGACAGGAGAUAAAACCUACUCUCUGAAAAUAUUUUCCAGCUAUUCAUUUGACAGAGUAUUAAUAUUCAAAAGACAAAGAACUCAAAAAUUUAAUGACAAAUUAAAGUGGGCAAAUAGUCUAAAUAGAUUUUCAAAAAAAGAUGUAAGAAUGGUCAACAACUAUAUAAAAAUAUUUAGCAUCAUUAGUUAUCAAACAUAUAAAUCUAAACUACAAUAAGGGUUAGGCAUGAUGGCCAAUACCUGUAAUCCCAGGAUUCAAGAGGCUGAAGCUGGAAGCUAGCUUAGAUCCUCAGCAUCAAAAAGAUCAAACAAACAACUAUAAUGAAAUAUUGUCUCAUCCCACCCAAAAAAAUUGUUAUAAAAAAACAAAGAAGUGUUUGCCUUGUAAAACCAAGGACUCCAGUUCAAUCACAAGAACCCAAGCUUUAAAAAACAAAACAAAACAAAACAAUGGAGAGCAAUUUCUGUACUAUCUAAUCUAUUUCAGAAUAAGGUAGGCUUGUGAUAAGCAUUUCUUUUUAAAUGAGUGCCCCAGAACUCUGUAGACCAGGCUGGCCUCCAACUCACAGAGAUCUGCCUGCCUCUGCCUAUCAAGUUCUGGGAGUAAGGGUAUACACCGCCACUGCCACCGUGCCUGUUUAAUAUUUGCCUCCUUAAACCCAUUUCUCUGUAGUUGAUAAAAUUAAAAGACAUAAAUAAAUGUAUUUGCUUCAUUAAAAAAAGAAAAAAGCUUGGAUGGACAGUUGGUGUAUGCCUUUAAUCUCAGCACUUGGAGGCAGAGCCAGGCAGAUCUCUGAGUUAGAGGCCAGCCUGAUCUACAGAGUGAGUUUCAGGACAGCUAGGGCUACACAAAGAAACCCUGUCUCGAGAAAAAAAGAAAAGCCUAGUGUGAUAUACUGUGUAACUAUAACCUCAGUAGGGGGUGAUGGUCAUGGUGGUAGACCUGAGAUAACAUUAAGAGGCAUAAAACAAAAACCUAAAACAGAAAAAAUCUUGAGUCUUAACUACCUUGUCCUCUUAAUGUCAUAGUCCAGGUUUUAGGCCAAAUUAUUUUUGUAGUGUUGGGGAUGGAACUUACAGCCUCCCACAUGCUAGGCAGUAGUCUAAAACUGAGAUGCACUCCCAAUCCCAGGGCAUGAUGAAAAAAAAACAUGCAAAGUAUUUUGUGUGGCUACAAGGACAUGAAAUUAGAAACUAACAGAAAAAUAGAAAACAUCCAACGGAGUUGUGGAUAUUAAAUAAUGAACUCAUACAAACCAAAAGAAAAAAUAUUAUAAAGAAAAUUAGAAACAGAUGCAUCAAAAUAAAAGCAAAACUCAAAUUUUAUGCAAAAAGUAGUGCAAAGAAAAAUGUAUAGCUAAAACUCAUUUUUAACAAUUUCCUCCUUCCUUCUUUUGUUUUUUAAGACAGUGUUCCACUGUGUAGUCUUGGCUGUCCAAGAACUCACUCUGUAGACCAGGCUGGCUUCAAACUCACAGAGAUCUGCCUGCCUCUGCCUACCAAGUGUUGGGAGGAAAGGCAUACACCACCAUUGCCUGGCUAUUUUUAACAAUUUCUAAUCAACAACCUAACUUUACUACUUAAGGAACUACAAAAGAACUAAACCAAAAGUCUUUAAGAGAAGGAAAGAAUAAUAAAGAUCAUAGCAGAAAUAAAAAAAAAUGGUGUGGCAAAUGAGGGAGAAAAAUCUGCAAAACUAAUUUUUUUGUGCUAUGCUGGUGAUCAAGACCAAGAGCAUAGGCAAGUGCUUUGCUCUGAAGUACAAUCCGCAGGAUCCAAAGUUGGUUCUUGUGAAAGAUUAGCAAAACUUUAGUUAGAACAGAAAAAGCAAAACUAUAAAGACUGAAAUAACUCAGAAAAUGAAAAUGGGGCUAUUCUGUCAUCCUACAGAAAUAAACAAGAAAUUUUACAAUAACACCAACAACUGUAUCCAAAAAAGAAAAAAAAAACUUUGUUAAUCAAAAUAACUGAAAAAAUUCCUAGAAACAGAAAACUUAACAAGACCUGGCUAGUAGUAGUAAGCCUGAAUAGACAUACAAGAACUAGUUUAUUGAAAAACUAUGGAGAAGAUGGGUGUAGUGGUGUUUGUCUUUAAUCCCAGCACUCAGGAGGCAGAAGCAGAAGAAUCUUUGUGAGAUAUACAUAUAUAUCGAAAAAGAACCCCGUAAAAGAAAAAGACCAAAAACAAAACAAAACAAAAACAAAAACAAAAACAAAAACAAAAAAAACUGUGAGGGGAAAAAAACAGCAGAUAAGCAGUGUUAUUGGCCUUAAUCCCAAAUGUUGUGGAGGCAGGAGAAUCCUUUGGAUUCAGUUCAGGGAUGGUCUGAAUUACAGAGACUAAACAACCUGUUCUUUAUCAAUAUCAAUGCAAAAUUACCUUCAACAAAUAUCAGUAAACCCACUAACCAGUAUUUUUUUUUUACAAGUUAUCCACUAUUUUUUUGAAAAUACACCUCUUGUGUGCUGCCUCUCACAUUUCUUCUUUCCUGCCACACCUUCUGGAGCACUGCCCCUCUGGUGAUCUUAACAGAGUCGAAUUUAUUUUCCUGAGUAAUGGUCACACAGUCAUGACCAACCCCAACUCCACUGCAAUUGCUUAUACACAAAACGCCAUUUCUAGCUAAAAUGCCAAACUAGAGCUAGCUUGAUAAAUACCAGGAACACUGCACAUUCACCCAAUUGGGUUCUAGAUUUUUCUUUACUAAGGAAGUCUUAUAGGCUUCCAGAACUUUGGUCACAAUGUAGUCAGGGGUGUACCCCUACUAUCAGGGCUGAAGAGGACUGAACCUCAUGGGCAUCUAGAAGCAGUAGGGUGGCUCCCAGAAGGCAGAAAAUGGAGGAUAACCACAGGUUCCCUUCACCUCACAGUUUCAGAAAGAACCAAAGAACCGCAUGACCUUUCUGUCCAACAAGCCUGGAGUGACUGUUUAGUCCAAAACCGGCCCGUAACUUGACUGUGGAGCCUGACUUGGUAGGUCACAAGAGUUUUUAAGAUCAAAUCUUAGUCCUCACAAAUCCCAGUAUAUCUCUUCUGGUAUUGAGGAUACUAUUCUUGAUUUUAUUGAUGCUAUUAAGAAGUCAGAUUGCAGUCUAAAAGUCAUGGUUUUAAAGGUGGAAAGUACCAAGAGCUCAAGUGCAACCUUCCCCCCCAACGUGCCCUCCUACAGGUCUCUGUCUUCCUCCCAUGAGGAUUGCCCUAGCAGUCACACUAGCUUCUCGGAUGGCGAGCUUGCCCGGAAUGUGAGGGAAGGUGUCAAACACCGAAUCUUCUACCUCUCAGAGCAGCUGAGAGUGGAGAAGGCCAGUAGGGAUGAAAAUACCAUGAGCUACCUCAAACUGAUAUCCAAAGCUGACCGGCACCAGGCCCCACACAUCCGGAAGGCCUUUGAAAGGGUGAACCAGCGCACCUCUGCCACUAUUGCUCACAUAGAACGAAAACUCUAUCAGUGUCAUCAGCAGCUGAAGGAGUUGGAAGAGGGCUGCAGUCCCACAAGCUUAGUGCUGAAUGUGGACAGUGGGAUGGACAGCCAUAAGCAGCCAGGUGGGAAGAUUUUAUAUUCCAAGUUGUCCAAGCCAGAUGGGGAAGAUAGCCUGCCCAUCAACGUUGCUAGGUCCUCUACUCUAGAGAGUCACUUGCCAGGCAUGCAGCAGAGGAAAUUUUCAGACAAAAAGUAUGUGGCCCAGCAACAAAAACUACUUUUGCAGAAGAUGAAAGAAGAACUGACAGAAGCCAAGAAGGUUCAUGCUAGCCUUCAGCUCUCCCAUCAAAACCUCAAGGAAAGUCAUAUGAUUGAUGUGCGGAGGAUACUGGAGUCACUCCAGGAAAAGAAAACCAGACAAUCACUGAUGGAAGAACAUGUGAAUGAUCACUUGCAGAGAUACCUGGAUGAGAUUUGCCACCUCAAACAGCAUCUGGCAUGCACUGAAGAGAAAAUGGCCUAUUUGUCCUAUGAAAGAGCCAAGGAAAUAUGGGAUGUAAUGGAGACUUUCAAGAACAGAAUAACAAAGCUAGAAACUCUACAGCAAGCUACCCAACUGGAGAUGAUGGCCAGCCUCAGAACCCGCCCCAAGGACUUUUUCUUCAGAUUCAUAAGCCUGCUUCUCACUCUGACCACUAUCCUCUUGGUCGUGGUCUCUACAUUGUGUUCUUGCCCUUUGCCCUUGCUCAACUCACGCCUGCGCAUCUUCAUUGUAUUUAUGAUCAUUGGGCUUGGGACCUUGGCCUGGCAGAAGCGGCAUGUCAUCUCUAUUAUUGACUGGCAGGCCUGGGUCCCCUUUAAGUGGAGAUCAGACUUAAAGGAUGCUAAACCUCCAUCAGCUAGACACUGAGGGGUAAGAAGUGCCAUUUGCCUGAAUUUCUUCCUUCCUUUAAGUUGUUGAUGGCAUCCAGUAAGACCUCUUUAGAAAGUACUUUGUUGGUCUCAUUUUCUUAAUUCUGUAACUGCAAGCCCAGUGACAUACAUGCAGAUGCCAACUUGCCUUCUUAUUCCAGUUUUUCAUGCUCUUUUCAUAAUAUCUGCAAACAUGGGGACUGAAUUAAAAAUGAAAAAAAAAACCC